AUGCCAGAACGGCUCAAAAAGCCCCGGAAGGGAUUCAAAACUCUGUUCUCACGGGAGCGGCACAACGCCGGUGGGCCGUCAAACCCCGAUUUCACGAACAUCGGGCCCGCACAUGCCGCGCACGCUCCACAAGGCUUGGAGCUGGUGUCGCCAAGUUCGAGCACUCUGCGUGUUGCCCAGGCUCCACUGGUCGACAAUUCAUCGCCGCCUAAUCAUGGACAGGCCCAGAUGUCGGUUGCUCUGGCUGCCACACCGGCCUCACCAGUGAUUCCAACGCCGCCGCCACUGAACCCCUCGGAUAUGACGAACACCGGAACCGAGGCCCAAACCAACGCUGACGACAUCGAGCCUUGGACGGCGGCAUUCCACCUUUUCCAAGAAAAGUCUCCUGAUCUUGCUGCCAGCUACGAGAAAUGUCUGGUGUCCCUGCUGGGCAUGACAGCGGACGACGUGAAGCUGGCCGUGCCACGGUCUGUCGAAACCGUCGUGCAGACACAAUUGAAGCGGCGUGAGGGCAAGCAGUGGAAGCUGCCUCUUCCCUUGGGCAAGACAAUCAACGUGCGCAAACAGACCGAAAAGCUGGUCAAGCUUUUGCUCUAUUUCGAUCCGAUCGUGAAAGAUGCAGUCAGUGCCCAGCCGUAUGCAGCACUGGCGUGGUCUAGCGUUUCUAUGCUUCUUUCACUGCUCACAAAUACCACCAUCCAGAACGAAGCGAUGCUUGACGGUUUCAAUUCUAUCAACGACAUUCUUGUCUACUGGAAUGCCGGUGAAGAGAUUCUCCGCAAGGGCAAUACCGGAGCCCACUUUCUCAAGUCUCUCAGCAACCUCUACGCUUCUAUUAUUGAGUACCAGGCCUCCGUCAUUUGCCAUAUUUCAAGUGGCCAAGGCUCUCGAGCACUGAAGAGCGUUGUCGGCGCCGUGGACUGGGCCAAAAAGGCGCAGAAAAUUGCCCAGUUGAACACGGCGUGCAAAGACCUCGUGGACAUCAGUUGCCGGGCCGACAUCCAACGAGCCAACGACAGCACACUACAGGGCAUGCGUGACAUUGUCGUGGCAUUGGAACAGAGUGAGCAACAGACGCAUGGCCGCGAGAGGGACGAGAAAGAAGCAGAGCUUCUUCGCAAUCUCCAAUGCCCCUACGACAGCUACAAAGACUUUAACCGCCAAAGAGUCCACGGGACGUGUGAAUGGUUCUUCAACGACGACAGAUUCCAUGCAUGGCGCGAUGCCAGCACGUCUAGCCUUCUCUGGGUUUCUGCCGGCCCUGGCUGUGGCAAGUCGGUCCUCUCACGAGCCAUUGUCGACGACCUCCGCGCGUCCACCGCCGGCGGCAGCUCCACUGUUUGUCACUUUUUCUUCAAACACGGAGACGAAGACCGCACGCUUGCCGCCAAUGCGCUCAGUGCCAUCUUGCACGGCUUGUUCACUGAGGACGCAUCCCAGCGCUUAAUCCAGCACGCGCUGCCGAGCCACAAAAGUCAUGGCAAGCGCCUGGCCCAGGAUUUCCUGGAGCUGUGGAAGAUCUUGACCAGCUGUGCUCAGUCGGACGACGCCGGAGAAAUCAUCUGUGUUUUGGAUGCACUCGAUGAAUGUGAACAGCAGAGCCGGCAUGAGCUCCUCGACCGUCUGAGACAGUUUUACAGGGACCAACAACCCACGUCCGCCAAAGCCUCGAAGCUGAAGUUCGUCAUCACAAGCCGCCCCUAUGACGACCUCGAAAAACAAUUUGCCGGGUUCGCAACAGCCAACUGCAUCCAGUUCCACGGUGACGACAAGUCCGCCGAAAUAAGUCGGGAGAUCGAUUUCGUCAUUGACGAGCUCGUGGACGAAGUGGCCGGCUCGUUUAGUCGCGACGACAAGAAGAGGUUGAAAACGCACCUCAAGGGCAUGACGAACCGCACGUACCUUUGGCUGCAUCUUACCUUUGACAUUAUCAGACAAAGCCCUUGCGAAUUCGGCCGACCUUGCGACAUCGACGAGCUUCUGUCCAUACUGCCAUCUCAGGUGGCCGACGCGUACGAAAACAUCCUGAACCGGAGCAAAAACAAAAAGCGAACAGAAACAAUCCUUUCCAUUGUGCUUGCCGCCGAAAGACCGUUGACGCUCCGCGAAGCAAACGUCGCCGUGGCCAUGGCCUUUGCGCUGCAAAAUAACAAGUCGCCGCCGCCAUCCACCUCCGCUGAACUUGAUAAACAACUAUGGCCAGAAAAAACGUUCAAAAGCGUUGUAACCAACCUCUGUGGCCUUUUCCUCAGUGUGUAUGACGAAAAAUUAGUCUUCAUCCAUCAAACCGCGAGAGAGUUUCUCGUCGGCGCCAGAGGCGAAGGCAAUGUUUGGCAGGGACGUUUUGCCUUGCCCACAUCGCACAGCGUCAUGUCGUCCAUCUGCGUCCGCUACUUGCUGCUGCAAGAGAUACACGUUUCCUAUAGGGAAUACUUCGAUCGCAUUACACGUCGCAGAUUUUUGGAUUACGCCGCUAAACACUGGCAUCGGCACCUCGCCGCACAGGAUCCCACUGCUAGAUUUGACUUGCUGUCAGAAGCUCGCAUCCUCUUAGAUGGAACUGAUAUCCGAAACCAAGCUUGGAUGUACCAGUCUUCGAAAGUUGAAGUAUUGUACGGGAUGACCAGCCUGACUGUUGCAAGCCUCUUCUGCCUGACGUCAGUUGUGGAGGACAUGCUGAAGACCGGCAAGGUAGAUAUUAACAAAUGCGACGCACAUGGCAAUACAGCGCUUCACCACGCCGCCAAAGAAGGUCAUACGGCAAUUGUUUGGCUACUCCUCGAUAAAGGUGCCGAUAUUUACGUACGGAAUAGAUUCGACGACACGGCGUUUCGAGACGCCGCCGAUAACGGCCAUACGGAAACUGUUAAGCUGCUACUCGAUAACGGUGCCGACAUUAAUGUGCGGAGCAUUCACGGAUACACAGCGCUCCACGUCGCAGCCAUACGCGACGAUUCAGAAAUCGUUCAGCUGCUUCUCAAAGAGGGCGCUGACGUUAACGCAAGAGACAGCGACCGCUGGACGCCGCUCCACAGAGCAGCUGAAGGCCGUAGUAAUAAAAUUUUUCGGCUCCUCCUCGACAACGGCGCCGACAUUCAUGUGCGGAGUAAAGACGGUGAGACGCCACUCUGGUACGCGGCGUAUUUUGGCAAUAGUGAAAUGGUUCGGCUACUACUCGAAAAAGGUGCCAACGUCGAUGUAUUGAAUCGUUGGGGUGAGAGCAUACUCCACUAUACAGCCGACAACCAUGCAGCCGAAAACGGCCAUACCGAAGCCUUGGGAUUGCUCCUUGCCAAAGGUGCCGACAUCCACGUACAGAAUGCGAAGGGCAACACGGCACUCCAUAUUUCAGCCAAGUACGGAUAUACGGAGGCGGUAAGACUCUUUCUUGAUCACGGCGCGAAUAUAGACGCACAAAACCGGGACGGCCAAACAGCACUCUACAAGGCGCUGCAGGAAAAUCACAUGAGCGUGAUUCGGCUACUCUUGGAAUACGGCGCCGACGUUUUUGUACAAGACGUUGACGGCAGGACGGCACUUGAAGCCACGCACGAGAGUGAUCCCGCCAAAGCCACUGAGAUACUGUCAAUAGCAUUGGAACUGCUCGGGAAACGGGUAGACGACUUUCCUAAGCAGGAUCUGGACGGUCUGAAGGAGCUUGCAGCCAGAGUCGAGAGUAGCCUCGCUACGGCUCACAGACUCUACGAGAAAUGGUCUGGCAUCGCCAUUGAGUUGACCGUGAUCGCCUCUCCCCUUCCUUUGCAAGACAACGAAGGAAUUUUAACAUGGCAGGACGAAAACAUGCAACUCGCCCACGGCGGCCUCGCCAACUACACCGUCGGCGACCCGCCGGUCUGGUACCGCGGCUACGACCCAGACGAAAAUGCGGCCGAGCAGGACGGGCAGCCCUGGAUGGUCCAGCGCAAGUGGGCAUCCAUCGACCCCAUCUUCACUGCGGCCGACCCGUUUUUGGCGUGCAACAAGCCCGGCACGCCCGGCCCCGCGUACAUUCCCGUGGCGGCGGGCCAGAACCUGACGGCCGUCUACUGGUACUGGCUGCACCCGGUCGGGCCCAUGUCGGCGUGGCUGGCGGCCUGUCCGCCGCUGGACGAGGGCGGCUGUGUGGGCGUCGACGUCAAUGCGCUGCGCUGGUUCAAGAUCUGGGAGGCCGGGCUGCUGGCCGGGACCGGCAACCUGGCCGAGGGCAUCUGGUACCAGAAGCAGUUCCAACACUGGGAUGGUUCCCCGGACCUGUGGCCGGUGACCAUCCCGGCGUCCUUGCAGGCCGGCCUCUACGUGGUGCGCCACGAGAUUGUGAGCAUCCACAUUGCGAACCGGCCGCAGUUCUACCCGGAGUGCGCACACCUCAACAUCACCGGCGGCGGGACGGAGCUGCCGCCGACGUCGUUUUACAAGACAUUUCCAGGCGCGUACAGUGUGGAUGAUUACCUGUCGACAUAUAUUGUGUAG